GGGAACCUGGGGGGGAAAAGGAAAGACCAUUGGAAAGUGUGUUGUAGGUAAAAAAAAGAUCGGCCCGGGGCAGGUGGUGUAUCUCGAGGUGCGAUUGCCGAAAGGAAAGCGGGAGAAAGCCAGCGUUGCCCUCCUCGGCAGCUGCUGGGUGGGAAGCGGAUUCUUUAUUUACUUGUCUCCCCUCUCGUCACCCCAGCGGGCGGAGGAGUUCAAACCGGAGCUGACGGCCGCGAAGAAAAGCGGCUGCAGCUGCGCGGAGGGCUGAGCGUUUCUGGAGCGAAGGCUGGCGGUGUCAAAAAGAAGCAUCGCGGCGGCCGGCUUGCCUCGGAAUGAGCCCUUGAGGAGGGAGAGGGGCUGACCUGGGGAGGAGGAAGAAGGGAGCCGGCGGGGGACGGUGUCUUAACUUGUAGCUCGGAGGGGUCGCUAAGCGGAUUUGGAGCUGCUGAGGGGGGAAAAAAAGACAGUUGGAGAGAAAUUCAGUGCCUGCCCCUCACCGGCUGCCUCGCCACCUCCCACUUUAGCUUCUUUUGAGUAUUCCAAAGAACACAUUUUCCCCCCUCCGGCACCCCCCCUUUUUUUUUUGGUCUCUCCUCGCGGCCCUCCAGCAGGCUGGCAAGCAAAAAUGGAGAGGAAGACGAAAUGAAGAGGAGGGGAAAUCCCCGGCUGGCAAAAUUCACGGCGAGCCGGACGAAUCGCGCCUCCCCGGGGAGAUCGGCGGGUUCCGACAGGGGAGUUUUGAACGCCGGGGGUGAUCUGGAUGAGGAAGAAAGGAGGAAAAUGCAGCGAGGGGAGCGCGGGAAGAGGUGGGUGAAAGCCGCCCACUUCAGGUGUUUCGAAAAAUGACGGAUUGGUUUUUGACAGCUGGUGGGAACCUUGUUUGCUCGCUCGCUAGCUGGAUCUCCUCCUCCCGCUCACUCGCUCUCUCCCCCCCUCUCUCUUUUUUUCCCAAGCUCUCGCCCGCCGCCGCCACUGUUCGCCUCAGCGUCUCUUUCCAUUUGAUGUGAGGCUCUGAAAAACGCAGAGGAGUUGGAAGGAAGGCGAAGGGAUAUAGUAACGUGGAGAGUUGGGCUUGCUGGCUGGCUCCUGGCUGAAAUAAAAAAUCCGAUUGCGCACUGGGUUGUGAUUGGAAAUCUAAUCAGAUCCUUGAAUCGACGGAGAAGGGAGGGUGGCGAGAGAAACCCUAAAGUUGGUUGGGGGAGAAAUAAUGUAAGAGGCUGCGCGCCCGGCUGGUGAGAAGAGGGGAAUCGGAGGAGCCGAGAUCAUGGGAACCCCCGAUCUGUGGUGGAAGCACAUGGAUCGGAGAAUCGAGCGGGCGGCUAAGAAAAAAGGACGCGAAGGGUCUUCCCUGGCUCCCGCUGGAUCUUAGCAGACAGACAGACCCAAAAGAAGAGAAAUCGCCUUAAACGGAGGGGCCCGUGGGAUCGUUGCGGAGGCUGGGGGAGAAAACAAACAAACAAACAAAAAAAAAACAGUCGGCAAAAUCGUUCUUUCGGGGAUUCAAAAGGAGUUAAGUAUUGGAGAGAGGGAGAGGCAAAGGAUGCGAGACCUCAUCACAAGAUCCGGGCAGGAAUGAAAAGUUUCUCACCGAAGAAAGACUCUUUUCGUCGAACUGGUGGUUUUCGGUUUGGGUUUUUCCCUUCCUCGGGUUUUUUUUCCCCCCCCCUUCACCUGAAGCCUGUCCCGUCCGUUUGUGCCCUGAUGAAGAAAGAAGUUGAUACAGGCAGGGACAUUUGAAGACAGCCACGUCCUAAGAGUGACGGCCGGGGAGGGGAGCGAGGAAGCCAGGAAAGAGAAGUAUCAUGUAAAGGAAGCUGGAAAGGGGAGAAGGGGAAAAAAAAAAAAAAAAACCAGCAGGCUUGGAGCUCUUUUGGACCGAACUAGAUGGAAAAUUGCAGAUGGAUAUUUAAUUUCUUAUCCUUUUUUCCUCCCAUCAAAUUGGAUCUGUUGCCGAGAUGAUGUAGUUUUGCCCUUGGUGGUGGUGGUGCCUGGUUUUUUUUUAUUAUUAUUUUUUUUUCUUUUCAAAAAUCCCCCUCCCCUCUUUUCUUCUUCUUCUUCUUCGGAAUUUCAUUCUGGAUAUCCUCCUUUUGCUCCUGGGUGAUUUUCAAAUACAGUUAAGACUAUGAAGAAAGACUGGCACUUUGACACAAGUGGGUUGGCUUCAAUCUUGCUAGCCCCCCAAAAGAAGUCCUUUGUGUGUGUGACUCAAGCAAGUAGAAUUACUUCUAGAGUACCUGCUUUACGGGCCAGGAAUUAAGAAGGGUAAAAGAUGGACUAAAUAUUCUGACUAUUGGAACUCCUGAAGGACCAACUCCAAAUAAAUUAUGAAUGUUGAACAAGAUGAGCUUACAUCCACAGCAGAUAAUGAUAGGUCCUAGGUUUAACAGGGCCCUAUUUGACCCCUUGCUUGUGGUGCUACUGGCUCUUCAACUUCUUGUGGUUGCUGGUUUGGUCAGAGCUCAGACUUGCCCUUCUGUCUGUUCCUGUAGCAAUCAGUUUAGCAAAGUAAUUUGUGUGAGAAAGAAUCUGAGAGAGGUCCCCGAUGCUAUAUCUACUAACACUCGGUUAUUGAAUCUCCAUGAGAACCAAAUUCAAAUAAUCAAAGUGAAUAGCUUCAAACACCUGAGGCAUCUAGAAGUCUUGCAACUGAGCAGGAAUCACAUUAGAACAAUUGAAAUUGGGGCCUUCAAUGGUCUGGCUAAUCUCAAUACUCUGGAACUCUUUGACAAUCGUCUUAGCACCAUUCCUAAUGGGGCAUUUGUGUACUUGUCAAAAUUGAAGGAACUUUGGUUGCGAAACAACCCCAUUGAAAGUAUUCCUUCUUAUGCUUUUAAUAGAAUCCCUUCCCUGAGGAGGUUAGAUCUGGGGGAAUUAAAAAGGCUUUCAUAUAUCUCUGAAGGUGCCUUUGAAGGUCUAUCCAAUCUGAGGUAUUUGAACCUUGCUAUGUGCAACCUUCGGGAAAUUCCUAACCUCACACCACUUGUAAAACUGGAUGAGCUAGAUCUUUCUGGGAACCACUUAACUGUUAUCAAGCCAGGGUCUUUCCAAGGAUUAAUGCACUUGCAGAAAUUGUGGCUGAUCCAGUCCCAGAUUCAGGUGAUUGAAAGAAAUGCCUUUGAUAACCUUCAGUCACUAGUAGAGAUCAAUCUGGCCCACAACAAUCUAACACUACUGCCUCAUGACCUCUUCACACCUCUCCGUCUGGAAAGAAUCCACCUGCAUCAUAACCCUUGGAAUUGCAACUGCGACAUCCUAUGGCUCAGCUGGUGGAUUAAAGACAAAGCACCCUCCAACACUGCAUGCUGUGCCCGUUGCAACACACCUCCCAGCUUGAAAGGAAGAUACAUUGGUGAGUUGGACCUAAACUACUUCACAUGCUAUGCUCCUGUGAUUGUGGAGCCACCAACAGACCUCAAUGUCACUGAAGGCAUGGCUGCUGAGCUUAAAUGCCGAGCAUCAACAUCCCUGACCUCUAUAUCUUGGAUUACUCCAAAUGGAUCUGUUAUAACACAUGGGGCUUAUAGGGUUCGGAUUUCUGUGCUCAGUGAUGGCACGUUAAACUUUACAAGGGUAACUGCGCAAGACACAGGCUUGUAUACAUGCUUGGUGAGUAACUCUGUGGGGAAUACAACAGCUUCUGCAACUCUUAAUGUAACCGCACAGGAGUGUAUUACUUAUUUUUCAACCAUCACAGUAGAAACUGUGGAACCUUCUCAGGAUGAGGCACGGACCACAGAACAGGUUUGGCCCACACCAGUUAUUGAUUGGGACACCACUAAUGCAACAACCUCUCUCACACCACAGAGCACAAGGUCAAUGGAAAAAGCUUUCACAAUUCCUGUGACAGAUUUUAGCAACGGGAUCCCAGGAAUAGAUGAGGUUAUGAAGACUACCAAAAUCAUAAUUGGUUGUUUUGUGGCAAUCACACUUAUGGCUGCUGUGAUGUUGGUCAUUUUUUACAAAAUGAGAAAACAACAUCACCGGCAAAAUCAUCAUGCUCCAACACGGACUGUAGAAAUCAUUAAUGUGGAUGAUGAACUUACAGGUGAUACACCUAUAGAAAGUCAUUUGCCCAUGCCAGCAAUAGAGCAUGAGCACUUAAACCACUAUAACUCUUAUAAAUCUCCUUUCAACCACACAACAACAGUUAACACAAUAAAUUCCAUACACAGUUCAGUGCAUGAACCAUUAUUGAUCCGAAUGAACUCUAAAGACAAUGUACAAGAGACUCAGAUCUAAACCAUUUACAGAUUUAAGGGGGAAUUUAAAACAAAAAAAGACAGUUUAUUAAAAAAAAAUGACACAGCUGACUGGGCUAAAUCUACUGUUUCAAAAAAAGUGUCUUUACAAAAAAAGAAAUUUAUUUAUUAAAAAUUCUAUUGUGAGCGAAAGCAGACAAAAUUAUGUGUAUUCCUCAGAACCUCUUUUUGCUGCAUUUAUUUACCCUACUCUACUGAUUUCCCUUUCCUUUCUUCUCUCCCAUACCUUCCCUUCUAUCCCAUUUGCCAUAUUUUUCAUAGAACAACUUGAUUCUCUAAAGAACUGGUCUAGGAAUUUUUGUAAGAAUUCUGUUAAUGCUUUGGGAAUUUUUAUGGUGAAUUCUAGUGGUGAGAUUCGGUCUAUUUUGUCUUUUUUCAUUUCAUUUUCUUCUCAUGCCCUUUUUGAAAUGGUUCAGAGGGGGAAUGGAUGUUAGCAGUAGAUUCACGAGAACAAUCAAGGAACAGAAACAAACAAAACAAAAUAUUUUAUUUUUCUUUUAUUUUUUCACAUUUCUGUAUUUCCUGAAGGGACAAUUCUGUGGAAGGAGGAAAAAAUCCAAGAAAUUAAUUUUCAUGUGAGCAUCUAUAAAACCCAUGAUCUUUUAAACAACUCUAGAACCAGGAUUUGUAGUUCAAACACUAAAAUAAGAUUAUAAAUAAAAUAUUGUUGGUUUUUUUCUGUA